GUGACAUCACUAAUAAAGAGGGUUUAAAAGUGGGCGAUGUAAGUGUUCUGGCAGCUGACGGAGUCAACAUGUUUGCCCUCAUCCUAGCAUCAGUGCUCAUCGCUAGCGCCUUUGGGUGUGGAAAACCACCCAUUGAGCCUCUCAGCUCUCGUGUGGUCAAUGGAGAGGAAGCCAGACCCCACAGCUGGCCCUGGCAGAUCUCUCUGCAGUAUCAGAGCGGUAGCUCAUGGUAUCACACUUGUGGAGGAUCUAUCAUUGCCGAAAACUGGGUGAUGACUGCCGCUCACUGCAUCAGCUCUGGGCGCAACUACAGGGUGCAUGUUGGUAAGCAUGACCUGUCCGUAUAUGAGGACGGCUCAACGACCAUCAGUGCUCAGAAGAUCAUUGUACAUGAGAAAUGGAACUCCUUGUUUGUGUCUCUUGGAAACGACAUUGCCCUGAUCAAGUUGUCUGAGCCUGUGACACUGAGUGAUACUGUUCAGUUGGGCUGCAUUCCUCCUGCUGGCUCCGUCCUCCCAAACAACUACCCCUGCUAUAUUACAGGCUGGGGAAGACUCUCCACUGGAGGCCCUCUUCCUGAAAAACUUCAGCAAGCACUGAUGCCCGCUGUGGAUCACGCUACCUGCUCCAGGUCUGACUGGUGGGGUUCCACUGUCAAGGAAUCUAUGGUCUGUGCUGGUGGAGACGGCAUUGUUGCUGGCUGCAAUGGUGACUCUGGCGGUCCUCUGAACUGUAAGAACUCUGACGGCAACUGGGAGGUGCACGGUAUUGCCAGCUUCGUUUCUGGUUUGGGCUGUAACACUCAGAAGAAGCCUACUGUCUUCACCCGCGUGUCCUCUUUCAAUGAUUGGAUCGACAAGGUCAUGAUGAACAAUUAAGAUGGACCAAGGAUGCUGACUUUAUUUUAAUACAAAAAAAAAAAAAAAAAACACCAAGAAAACAAAUAAAGAAAUACAUAAAUACAAAUAAAUAAUUGCUCAACAAGG